AUGAGUGGUGGUUUAACCUAUUUUAAUGAAGAUUUUCCUGUAUAUUCUGAAUUGAUAUCGACUAUUAAUGAUCAAUUGUAAUAGAUUGAUAAUCUGCAUGUUAUCACAUGUACAACUGAAAAUAAAAACAAUAUUGCUUAAUAUUUAAGAGCUAAAAAUGCUACAAUGACUAAAUAUUUGAUUCAUUUAAAUAUGUACCUAUUACAUAAACUCAAUUAUGGAAAUCUGGAUGAAUUUCCUGUUGAUUAGUUGAUAGAAGAUAAAAUUUUAUUACAGAAAAUUAUAUAAGCUUAAAAAAAAUUAUAAUAUUCCAUUGAUAAAUUAUCAAAAUAUUAAGAAACUUAGAUAAAUGAAGAUGAUUAAAUUGUUGAUUAAGUUGAAAAAUUAACGUUAAAGCCUAGAAUAGAGAAUCUUCAUAAAGAUGAAAAUAAUGAGAAAGCUAGUAAUCCAAAUUAAAAGUAUGUGCCACCAAAACUUGCAGCAACUCUUUCAAAAAAUGAUUUAAAUAAAUAAAAGUAAGAAAGACGGGAAGAACUUAGAAAAACAUAAAAGAAAGCUAAUUUAAUUAGGAGUAUAUUAGAUGAUUAAGAAGUAUAGAUUUAUAUCAUUAUUUAAUUAGACUGAUAAACCAAAGGAAAUGACAGAAAGAGACUUAUAAUAAUUAUAUUAUGGAAGAGCUGAAGAUGAAAAAUAAAUAGAAAAAAGGAAAUAUGAAGAAGAUCAUAUGACAAGAUUGCCUACAACAAGAGAUGAAAAACGAAGGGAAAGAAUAGCUGAAAGAAAGGCCAAUGUGACAAGGUUGGAUGAUUUCUAAGAAUUCGAGACUAUUAAUAAAGUACUCAAUAAAGGAACAAAAAAGAUAAAGAAACCAUUAGGAUCUAAACUUAAAGGAAGUAUGAAAAAAAUUCUAAAAAGAAAAAGAAGAUGAA